UAGAAGCAGGCUGGAAGCCUCCCUGUAGGCGUUAUACAGCACACGGUACGACGCGAGCAAUUCUCGGUUUUGCACUAUCCGCGCAGUGAUCUGCGCGCUGCAUUUGUCUUGAGUUAGUGCACCUGUUGCCCGUAGCGACUCAAAACCCAAGAAUGCUCGCUUCUCGCAACAUGCGCGCCAGCGGCGCCCGUGUGGCCGCGGCUCCCGCCCAGCGCGCCAUCCUGGCUGCUCGCUCCGGCCGCCGCGCCUCGGUCGCCGCUAAGGCCCAGAAGAAGGAGAUUAUGAUGUGGGAGGCUCUGCGCGAGGCCAUUGACGAGGAGAUGGAGCGCGACCCCACCGUCUGCGUGAUGGGCGAGGACGUUGGCCACUACGGUGGCUCCUACAAGUGCACGCUGGGCCUGUACAAGAAGUAUGGCGACAUGCGCGUGCUGGACACGCCCAUUUGCGAGAACGGCUUCAUGGGCAUGGGUGUGGGCGCCGCCAUGACCGGCCUGCGCCCCAUUGUGGAGGGCAUGAACAUGGGCUUCCUGCUGCUGGCCUUCAACCAGAUCUCCAACAACUGCGGCAUGCUGCACUACACCUCGGGAGGACAGUUCAAGACCCCCCUGGUCAUCCGCGGCCCCGGCGGCGUGGGUCGCCAGCUGGGCGCCGAGCACUCGCAGCGCCUGGAGUCGUACUUCCAGUCCAUCCCCGGCGUGCAGCUGGUGGCCUGCUCCACCGUGCGCAACUCCAAGGCGCUGCUCAAGGCGGCCAUCCGCAGCGACAACCCCAUCAUCUUCUUCGAGCACGUUCUGCUGUACAACGUGAAGGGCGAGGCGGGCGACAAGGACGAGGUGGCGUGCCUGGAGCGCGCCGAGGUGGUGCGGGAGGGAACCGACGUGUCCAUCUUCACCUACAGCCGCAUGCGCUAUGUGGUCAUGCAGGCCGUGAGCGAGCUGGUCAAGCAGGGCUACAACCCCGAGGUUGUUGACCUGAUCAGCCUCAAGCCCUUUGACAUGGAGACCAUCGCCAAGUCGGUGAAGAAGACGCGCAAGGUCAUCAUCGUGGAGGAGUGCAUGAAGACCGGCGGCAUCGGCGCCUCGCUGUCCGCUGUGAUCCACGAGUCGCUGUUCAACGAGCUGGACCACGAGGUGGUGCGCCUGUCCUCGCAGGACGUGCCCACCGCCUACGCCUACGAGCUGGAGGCCGCCACCAUUGUGCAGUCCUCGCAGGUGGUGGACGCCGUGCACAAGAUCGUGGGAGCCACCGCCCCCGUGCGCGCGUAAGCAGCAGCUGCGCUGCGCAGCUGCAGCUGCCGUAGCUGCCGGAGCAGCCGAAGCAGCAGCAGCACAAGCAGUUGUGUUGGCGUUGAGCGGAGAGGAAAGGAGGGAGCAGGAGGGCCGCGGAGCUGUGUGGAGGCUUGGAGGCGGCGCGAGGAGGCGCGCUUGAGGAAGCAGUCGGCAGGUGUAUCAGAUAGGAGGCAGUAGCAGCGGCAGCAGCAGCGGAGCCAGGCCGGAUGACCUUGGGCCCGCAUCUGCAUGUGGAGCUGCCCGUGGAUGAGUGGGGCGGCUCACAGCAGCAGCGGGCGCCGGCACGCGGGCCGCGGGGGGCUGUGCGCGCUGCUGCGAUGUACGAUCUCGGAUGUGUCCGGAUAGGCUCUCCAGCCCUGACAGCGGCGGGGCGGGACCGCUGACGGGCCGUGAGAGCAUGUGUGUGUGCGUGUGUGUUUCGUUGGACUUGUUGACAUUGUGGACGGGCUAACGGUGACGUGCAGCAUGAAGUGGAUUGGGGCGGCCUGGAUCCCCUCCCCACAUCAGUGAUCUGGAUGUUGGGGUGUUGGGGUGGGGGCUUUAGGGAACAUGUUGCAGCAGCCUCGGCGGGGAGCCAAUUUUGAGCCCGCACGGCCCCAUCCGGGUGCUAAUGCCGCCCCGCCGCAGCCCUCCCCCCGCUGGUGCCGCGCGGCCCCGGGCCCGUGAGAAGAAUCGCAAGUGGACGCGUGUGUGUUGGUUGAGCCGCAGUGAUCGGCCUCGAAGUGUCGAGGGGUCGGAGAUGAACGCUCGCCGUGUUUUUCAUGUCAAAUGAAACACAUGAUUAGA